AUGGCAAAUCCAGUCAAUGACACUGUGCCGCCAGCCGUCGUCAAACCCACCAGCACCGAGGCCACUAGUUCGGAGGAAAGCCCUUCCGACAUGACGAGCCCUGUGGACAUUGCUGUCGACUCGAGCAAAGAUGAUACACCUGCCGACACAACUGUCGCUCCAUCAAACGGGGAUGACAACAUGACUGAGUCUGAAAAGGAGGAAGAAUCAUGGGAAGACAAGCUACAGAAGACGCCAAAGGUUGUCGACAUUAAAUGGGUUGAUUUCGAACAUUUUAAGAACUGCUAUUCUCCAAGCGCAGGCUUAGAGAUAAUCCAAGUCCUAAGAGGCCAUCCGCAAAUCAACCACGAGAUAAUGAAAGAAUACUAUGUGCGGCAGAAGUACCAGAGAAAAAUGAAAGGCAGGUUGCCCAAGUCGAUCGUGGAUGCUGAGUCGAGCUGGAUCCAGCGCGUUCGGAUCCAAUCGCCACCGAUUCUUCUUCUGCUCUCGCGCUUGAGCGGACAUAAUGAUAACUGGGCAAUCAACAAACCGCGGGUAUUCUUUCCACCCUUCCGAGCAUUCUACUACUACCUACCCCGGGUGAAGGAGUGUCUAGGAAUUCUUGAGGCAAAGUGGGCCAAACUCGAAGCGCAGGGAGACGGGGAUCAAGGAGCUGCUACAAAGGCCGAGGCCAAGACCAAAGCUGAGAGCGAAGAAGUAAAGGCGCCAGACGACUUAGACGGCGACACGGAUGAUGAAUUAAUUGCUGGUGACGAUGCUGGGUCCGUGGAUCCGGAAGAGGCCGUCGCCGGACCAGUUGUGGACUCGGUCACUGGACUCAGACAUCUUCGACGAUAUAUCAAAUUUGUGGAAGCAGAGAUCGUGCCGCUCUGGAACCGCGCUGCCGGCACCAGUCAACGUAAGGUUCGCUUUCUCGACCUCUGGAUGUCAUUCCAACCCGGCGAGCUCCUCUAUGCACCCCCUAGGUCAGAGUUCUCGCAGACGUCGGGGACAGCCAAGUCUGCCAAUGUCAAGAUGUACCAAAGUGCCUGGAGACUUUACUCCAUGGUGUUAUCACCGAUCCAGGAUGACUACCUUGAUGACACGCGAGUCAAUCCCAAAAAAGAAUUGACACUCUAUGGCUAUUACAUUGACUACAACGGGUCCUCAUAUGGACCGGUUCGACACAAGUUCAAGAUCCCGGAUUAUGCUGGGGAGAGAGACAUCACGACCCUCGAAGUCUAUCCGAUGCGUUUUGCGAAGGAUUCUGAGGCGAUGAUGAAGAGCCUUCGAGACCAGGGAUCACAAUUCCAAAAUUUCGUGAGAGAGAGGCACUACUACGACGGAUGGACGCUCGUCCAUGGACCAACCGGGGAUCCUGACUCGGAGCAUCGAAUAGCCUCCGAGCACAUUGAUGGUGAUGUAAUUAUUGACUUCCUCGAGGGAUACAAGGCAGAGUCUUCUCUGAGUUCACCAUCGUUUGACGGUCUAGACUCAUUUGAUGACACUGACUGGCCGGUAGGAGAUGAUGAGCUUUAUAUCAAGCAUUGGAUAAACGGUUCGCGAUCCAAACUUCUCGGGGAAAUCACGGAGACUACGCAGCGAGGCGAAUGGUUCGGCGACUGGCUGACCAAGCGCCGUCUGAAAGAGGACAGAUUUCUCAGGGCAUGGGAAGCCGGAACUAUGCGACAACUCGGUGGAGAUGACCUCGCACUCCUGCCACGCCGCGUCAUCGCAUAUGCUUUUCGCGAGCGCAAGUUCGUUAUGGUCGACAUUUGCGGCCUGAAGAAGAAGGAUCCCGCGCCUCAGAACGUCUUCAAAGAUCUUAAGAUUGACCGGGAUCACAAGCGCAUGGUUAGAUCGCUAGUUAAAACGCAUUUUGCGAAACAAGAAAUCCAGAAACAACGACCCAACGCUGGCUUGAAUCAGGACUUGAUUCGGGGGAAGGGUUCGGGGUUGGUCAUUCUUCUGCAUGGUGUUCCUGGUGUGGGCAAAACUGCCACAGCUGAGGCUGUUGCUCAAGCCAACAAUAAACCCCUGUUUGUCAUUACAUGUGGCGAUCUUGGCUUUACUCCGAAAGAAGUCGACGCCUCUCUCAAGGAUAUCUUUCGCCUGGCUCAUCUUUGGGACUGUGUUUUGUUACUCGAUGAGGCUGAUGUCUUCCUGUCUCGCCGAGAGGUGAGCGACCUGAAACGGAAUGCUCUCGUCUCAGUAUUUCUUAGAGUCCUCGAAUACUACAGUGGCAUUCUCUUCCUCACUACAAACCGGGUUGGAACCUUAGAUGAGGCCUUUAAAUCCCGCAUCCACGUCAGCCUCUACUACCCACCGCUGGACAAGGAUCAGACCCUGUCAAUCUUCGAACUCAACAUCCGAAAACUGAUUGAAAUCCAAGAGGCGAAACGAAAGCUGCAAGCUGAUGGUGAUUCCAGCGCCCUCAGAGAACCGGAGUUGGCAAUUAAAAGUAAGUCCAUCAUGGACUAUGCAAAAUGGCACUACGACACCCAUGAGCAGCAUGAGAGAUGGAAUGGUAGACAGAUCCGAAAUGCAUUUCAGAUAGCGUACUCUCUUGCACAUUACGAAAUGGAGAGAAACUCACAGGACCAAUGGGACGAGGAUGCCGAACCGAAUGUCAAGAAGGCUAGCAACGGUCCCCAGGCAACACGUACACUGGACUAUCGGCAGUUCGUUUCUGUCGCCAAGACCAUUGAAAGAUUCGAUGACUACCUCUACGAUGCCAUCGCCUGUACUAAUAUGGACAAUGCUAGGGACCUUGGCCUUCGAGCAGAUGACCACGAUCCCAACAUGAAUCACAGACCUGACUACCGUCCUCAGCCGCCGAGAACUCGGCGUCCGAAUCAUGCCCCUGCACUUCGUGCCUCACAGCAAAGUUACGGUCCGCCACGACCCGGUCCACCUCGGCGUGGGUACAGCGGCCAAGGUUUGGCGCAGCGGCCUCGACAUCCAGGUGCCUCCCGACCAAAGUAUCAACCUCCGGGCGAGGAUCCAGAUCUACAACCAGAACAGCGGCCAGGAAAUUCAGCGAUGCCGCAGAGGGAGAAUGGUCGGCUUCCACCGCGGCUCCAUCCGUCGCAGGUUAAGUCCCAUCCUAGGCCGACCGGCAUGCGACGCGGUGAUGAUUAUUCUGGAUGGAGCACACAUGAGACCCAUACUGCCGCUGUCCCAGAUGAUGACUAUUUCUCGGACGAUAUGGACGACGGAUAUGAUGAGUAUGUGGAUGGUCACGAUCAAGAUUAUGAUGAUGAGUAUGAGGAAGGACAUUAG